GUCGCAAUCUGCCCCCUCUUCGCAGUGCCGCCUCCGCUGCACCUCUCGUCGCGAUCUGCCUCCUCUUCGCAGUGCCGCCUCCGCUGCACCGCUCGUCGCAAUUUGCCUGCCCUUCACCAUACCUCCCUCUCUUCACCGCCCCACCUCCAUCGCAAUCUGCGUACCCCGCUAGCCGCGUGCUCUCCUCGCCGUAUACACGUCCUCUCUGCCGUACCUCGUCGCAAUCUGCAUAACUACCGCAUCUCCUCCAUUGCGACUUUGCGAAGGGUAAUCGAUACGGCACGAGCGAAGAGAUAGAGGUCCCGAGCGAGGUACUACAAACUGGCCGUAAAGCGAACUUAGAAAAGACGCGGAGCAGAAGAGCGGGAAAGCCUAACCUGUACAAAGGAGUAAGAGCACGGAGCGCGCUCGUCAAUUCGCGUGCAGUAGUAGAGCCGCGAAGAAUGAGUCGUACGACACAAAUCGGAGUGAUAUCUAGCUUGCCUGCAACUGUCGCGGCAAGGUCAACAUUGUACUUACAAGGCCGCCGCGGAGCUGACCCGCCCGUACGAGUGCUCCGGAUCGUUUUCCGUAACAGUUGCGAGUUUCGGCUCCGAUUGGCUCGCAAUUGUCGCGGCGAGUGCGGUGCAUGUGUGGGAGAGCGCCGCGGAGCGGUCCCGGCCGGAGCAACCCGGCGAAACGCGCAUAGAGCGCUAGGUAGUCUAUAUAUCUAACUACUAAGAUAAAACUAAGUUUUACUUAGAAAAAAAA